AUGCCCGACAAGGUCACGUACAGCGGCACCAACAGCCAGGGCAACCACUACUGCAACCGUCAGAGCGACUCUGGUGACCGCGGCUAUCAUUACUCCAACACGAAUGGUUCGUACUACUACCAGAACACGAACGGCUCCAAGUACUAUAAUAGCGGCUCGGGUUAUACCCAGUACACCUCGCCUGCGGGAAGCACGACCCAGACGUAUUCGUCGCCCUCUGGUUCGUCCAAGUCGGGCAAGAAGUAG